UGCGUUCACAGAACCGUUAGAUCACGGAGGUUGGAACAGACCUUGAGAUUUGUCUACUCUGUCUGCUCCACUGUUUUGCAUCUUGCUAGGUCCUGGUCCAUUCAAGGCCAUUUUUAAAAUGUACCUCAGGCACCAUCUCUUAAGAACAUUUCUUGAAACUGUGUAAGGUCUGCUUUCAGAGUAUGAGAGAUAGUGUCCUGUACUAUUGAACUAACUUUAUUUUAGAAUACUUAAGUGGCUUGUUAAUUUUCUGUCGGUUUGGGGUGCUAAUUGGAAAAUACGGUGGGUAUUUUUUCUUCUUAGGCUUGUGGGAGACCAAUGCCCCUAAGCCAGGAAUAACCAGGAAGUUGUUUUAUCGCUGUGGGAAUCUCUCUAACCACUAUGGGUUGUGCUACAAGGCUUGUGGGAAAGCAAUUUAACUUGUGUGUGUAUUUGUCAGCAGGGAGAUUAGUCACAGAUUCUUUAACUCAAAUAAACUCUUCAGGCAAUUGAUGCUCUAUUUUUAUCUUGAUUUAAUGUUGCUCUCUGUCCUGAGAAUUUGAAGAAGUUCUCUUAAGGACCACUAAUCAGGCUGGUUUUUAUCAGUGAUGAAGAUGGUUCAUAAUUGUAGUCUAGAGAAGAAAGAUGCUUGAUAGUUGAUAUAGGGGGAAAAAUCAAGAAAGGAGCUGGUUCUUAGGCCAGUUUGUUGUUUGGAUGUUCACACAGGGCUUCAGAAAUAAGCUUACUAAUUUGGUUUUCAGUCCAUAGUAUAGGUGGUUUAUGGAAAACUUCUAUUUUAGUGUUAAUUUUCAGUUCACAGAACUGCAGUGUUCUCAGUGAUUGUAUCAGCUUUGAGCUACUACUUGAUUUCAGCCAUCUGCAUGUUCUCAUUAGCUAGAGCUCACUUGCUUUACAAGUGCUUAAAUUUUGUAAAUGCCUAGGAAAGAAGGUGAUGAGAGGUAUUGUGGCAAUUAGUCCUUAUCAGGUAAUUAUUUCCACCGUGUUCUGUAGGUUGGAAUAUCAUUGCAGAAACACAGAGGUUAAAUGAAGAAUGUGAUUAGCCAGUUUGCUCAAGCAUGUAGAAUUAGAUGUUAAGGUUAAUGUGCUUAGCUCCUGUCCUGCUUUCAGCUGUGUUCUCUGAUUUCCGAGCACACUCAAUUAUCAGCUGCUUGCGGUAUCAGCCUGUUUGUAGCACACGUUUGUGGAUGUAUUUGAGGCUGAGCAUGGGACAUGGCAACGUGGGAACCACGUGGAUCUCUCCAGAGGCUCAGUCACACAGUUGUAUUUGGAGCAAUGGCUGUACCAUACCUACCCUCCUUUCUAAACAAGACUGGAAUUCGGAAAAAUGUUUUACAAGCUGUGUGUUGAAUGCUGAGAAUAACUAAAUCAGCAUGUUAAAUUUCUUAGUAUUUAAACAUUGUAGGAGAUAAGAUAACUAAGGAGUUUUAUUUGGCAUAUUUUUAUGACUGAAAUAAUGUGUGCAGUUUACCAAACUCAGCAGGUUUGUACUGAAUUUCUGUUUGAUUCAAGUCCUUUCUGGAGGCAGGAGAAUUUUCAUUCCACAAUUCUUAUGUGCUAAGCACUGAGCAGUUGAAUCAAAAUCCGUUUGCCAGAGGAAAUUAGAAAUGGCAUGCUUCAGAAUGAGUUCUAGCAGGCAUGAAAGUGGUAGUUGCAAUACUAAAAGAGGAGCUGUAUCUUCUUUGCUCUCAUAUGCCAUGUGGGGUGCCAUCAGAAAAUUCACGUUUGAGUAGCACUGGUGAAAACAAAAUCGCUAGGGUGGAUUAAAAGAUAACUUUUUGUCUUCACAGUCAGGAGCUUCACUAACUUCAUUAAUUUUAUAUGAAGUUUUGGUCUUAGGACUACAUCUGAAGAGAGAGAUGAGUAGAGUUCCUACCUGUGUGGUAGGAACUGUCUGUAUUAUUAAUGGACUUUGCAGCAAGGUCGUUUUCAACUGUGUGUACAUGACAGGUAUCAGUUUCCAUUUAAAAUCUGUGAAGUAUAACUCAGGGAGGCAAACAACUUGAUUUAAUUUCUUGUAGGCUGCUUUUUAAAUGUGUAUAAAUUUUAACAGCUUAUUUUUAUUAUAGAUAAGCACUGUAAUGAGCACUGUAUUGUGCCUUCCUAAAGCAAUCUACUGUUUUAAGGUAGCAAUUUUGCUACCUUAAAAUUUAUUAGAAAUUUUGUAGCAGGUGGAAUAAUUUUCUGUGUCGGAUUUAAAAGUUUUAUUGAGAAAAGGGAUCUAAGACAAGAAUCAAAUACUUCCUGCUUUAAUCCAUUUAUUAUUUGAAGUACUAGCUAUUUGGGCUAAAACAUUCCCAGGGUGUACUGGUGCUGAAUUCCCUCAGGAACUGGAAUAGCUAUUCCCAGCUCACUUCCCAGUCUUAUUACCAGCUGACCAGAGCAGAUGAGAAGGAGCAGAGAAGCUGCAAGUCAGGGAUCCUCCCAGGGCUCUGGAUAGCUGUGCCCUUGGCUGCCUGAGCCCUGGAAAUCCAGGGUAACCCUGGGCUUGCCUCCAGUGCAGAGUUUGAGCCUCUGUUGGACAACACACUCAGGAAGAAAGUUGAUCUGUACAGAGGACCAAUUCCUUUCUGAGCCAGUACGUGAUGUGACAGGAACAAACUGGGACGUGUGGAGCAGUUUUGUCAAGGCUUUGCUGUUGCUGGAGGGCUGUCCCAGUAAGAUGCUGCCACAGGCAGCACAUGAAACCUCAGGAUUGUUUGUGGUGUCCACUGCAUGUAGAGAUCCAGCACAAAAUCACUGGUGGAUGGCUCAUCCCAGAGGAAUCUCAGAAUGAGAAAAUUGUAAAAGAGCAUAAAAUUGAGAUAAGGUGGAGGAAGGUGACUUUAUUAGCUCUGUAACUGCAUGGAUUGCUAAUUCUAAAGGACCUGUUGGGAAUAAAGAUUUUGCAGUUGGGCUGUUCCCUGGCCUUCCUGUGUCCAGCAAAGGAGCCCCAGGAGGCAGAGCUCUGGCUUCCCAGUGCCCUGGUAAAUUUACAACUUUACUACUUACUGGAAUGGCCAGAAAAGAGUGUUUGACGUUCAUGCAGUUCCGCAAAGAAGUAGAGAUUUGGACACGCGACUACUGUGAAUAUUCAGGAAUUAUAGGAAGCUGAAGCUGUGUCAUCCUCUUGUCCAUCCAAAUUACCUUGGCAUAAUGCUUAAUGAUUAUUAUGGCUUAAAUGAUUUUAGGUACUGAUGUUUCCUAGUACAGGAAGGAGUUUGACAUCUUUGACCCAAAAAGUCACUUGGAAUUCGCAAAGUAGGUCAUUUAGUAGUGGACCUGUUACACGAAUCAGAAAAUUGGCAGAGGUCACUUGCCAUUCCUAAGCUGGAUUAGCUGUCCUAUUUUUCCUGGUGUUCUCUACAUCUGCAGAAUUGCCUAUUGAAGCAACUUCUAUCAGCAACAGCACUCCCAAAACAAGUAGCUGUAAUUAGCACUUUAAGGAACAGUUAUAGCUGUUUCUGCAUAUAUUAAAAUAAUAAUUAUACAGCAGAAAUUUUUAAAAAUAAAAGGUCUUCUUUUUGUGUGCUGUGUAAGUGGGCUUAUUUUUAAUUAGCUAGAAAAGCUAGUAAUUCCUUGAGUAGUUUGAUACUACGUAAAUGAAUUAAAGCAAAUCCUAAAUCACCUGCUCAAGCUUUACUGACCUCUUAGUGGUUAUUAAAUAAUUAUUAUUUAUCAGUAAUAGCCUGAAACAGUAGUUUCAUGCCAAAACAGCAUGUAAAAUAUUGCAUUCCUAGCAAACUUUACUUUUAAAUAGCUCUAGUGUUUUAAUCAUUUAGUUGAAACUGUAAUUUUCUGGGAGAUGAAAUGAUCUAACUAUGCUGUGAAGAUGUCUUACAUCUAUUUAAGAUGAGUUAAAAUCAAGUACUGAAUAGUGAAGUCACAUUUGACUGUUUAAUUAGCAAUAGUAAAUGAAGACAAAUAGGUCCAUAAUUAAACUUAAUUUUAACUUCCCAUGUAUCGGAAACUAAAUGUUGCUGUAAAUUUAUUUUUCUGGGCAAAUUUGACAGAAAGAAAUGCUAAAUAUUUCUAAAAUAAUUUCCCUUUUAUAGAUUUUGUACAUCUAUUUUUAUAGGCUUGAAGUAGUUAAGUAGUGUUUUUAGCAGCUAAACUGUGAAAUAUUCCCAUGAAUUUUAGGUAUUUUUAAAAUUGUAAAGAAAAAGUAAAAUCCUUUUCUUUGCAUCUGCUAAUAUUUAUUAUUGUGCUUUUUGCAUAAACCACUGUAUUUGUACUCAAACUUACACAGCAGUCAAAAAUGUCAAAAAGACCUGAAAUUCAUAUUUUUGUGGGAGCCCCCAGUAUUCCGAGGCCACGGGAGGGGUCAGAGCAAAGCUCAGCCCCUGCUGGUGAGCAGUGGAGGGAGCUGCGCUUUUUGUGCGAUAACCCUGGGUUUGUUCCUGGGAAUCUCCGGGGUGCUGCUGCCCCCUCUGUGCCCCAGGCAGAGAGCUCCACGCCCACAGGGGUCCCUUCCAGUGGGGACAGAGCUCAGCAGGGCAGGUUCAUGGCAAAGGAAGGAAAAGAUUUGCCAUCUCCUGCCCCUGUGGCACUGACUUGUACCAGCACGCCUAAAAAGAGCACGAGUUUAACUUGCUCUGAUUGUGAAGAAUCCAAAGAUAGAUUUGCACCUGCAAAUGUAGAUCAGGCUGCAGAUGAACACCUGCCCCAGGGCUGUGCAGAAUCGGCUGGACAAGAGAAACCAUCAGGUGCCUGCUGCCCAGAGCUCACUGAGAGAAAAGCCCCUCCUUCAGAAAUUAGCAGCUCUGACAUUUCUGCUAUGGUUGCCAGCACUGAGCAGGUCAGCAUCCAUCUACGGUCUGUGGGACUUCAGGCAGCUCACAGGAGUGAGUGUCACAAACAUCUAAGUCCAUGUAUGGAUAUGUUUUUCCAAAAAAGUCAGGAGUCCAAACCAAAAGAACCAAAUGACUGUGCAGACUUUGCAGUGUCAGCAGACACAGAGUUUCGUAGUGUAGUGACUUUGAGUCAGGUGGCUGUUUUUGCACAGAAUGAGAUGCAGGAAAGUACUGUGAAACUAUCAGAAACAGAAGCAGGCAAAAAAGCUGAAGAAGGACAGUAUGGUCAUUUCCAAUGUGAUUCUGGUGUUGGAACAUGUACUACUGCUGUGACUGGAAAUGAAUAUGAGGAAGAGAAUGCAAGUUCUCUUGAACUUUUUAGUUCUGAGGAUGAUGGGGAAAAUGUUUCAAUUAAAGCUAUAAAACAGGAAGAAAGUGCUCAGGAAAAUGCAGAAAAGUUUCAAGAACUUAAUGUUCCUGCUGAGCAACUUGUAAAUGAAAUCCCUAUUGAGCCGUUGAGCUCUGGAAUACGGUGCUCUCAAGGGAACUGUUCUCACAAGAACUCUUCUAAAAGACCCCGCAAGCAUGAAGAUUCCUCUCAUCUCUCUCACUCAGCAUUUAAAAGACAGCUGAAAUCCAAGAGAGCUAAACUGAGUUCUUCUCCACCUGGUUCCGGGGUGAGAGUGGAUCCAGACAGGAUGGCAGAGUUCAAGAAACUCCAAAAGAAACUAUCACUGCUUAAGAAUUGCUGCAGCAAAAAUCAAAAAUACAAUAUUUUGGUCACAGUUGUACAUCCUUGUUAUAUCAAAGAGAUACAGAAGAAGACUAAACCAAAAUCUUCAUGUAAAGUUCCUGUGGCAACAAUUGUUGUUAUUGACCAGUCAGAAAUUGAGAGAAAGGUGGUGCUGUGGCGUGGUGCUGCAUUUUGGUCCCUUACUGUGUUUCCUGGGGAUAUCAUACUGCUUACAGAUGUAAUAAUGUAUGAAAAUCCUUGGUGUGGAGAGGUCAUGCUUCAGUCAACAUUUACCAGCCAGUUACUGAAUCUGGGGAACUGCUCAGCUCUCAAUACACAAAAAGUUUAUCCUCUUGUGGAUGAUGGUGUUCUCCAUGGCUUAUUGGCAUACAUAUCAUCAGAAUUUCCACACUUCAGAGACAUUCCACAAAGACAAGUUCAGAGACUGGAUGAUGUUCAGUAUGUGCAGCUAGAUCAGCUCCAGCCAAGUACUUUGGUGCACUCAGUCCUGAAAAUUAUCAAUAUUUCUGUGUUAACAGAAUCUGUGUACAGCUACAGAGGUGGCAGCCAAAAAAAAAUUAUUCUAACAGUAGAACAGAACAGAGAUCAACACUAUAGGAUGGUUCUGUGGGGAUCAGGGGCUGCCUGGUACCCCCAGCUUCAGAGGAAAAAAGACCACAUAUGGGACUUCAAAUACCUUUUGGUCCAGUGUAGUUCUGUCUCAGGUGACUUGGAACUGCACACAACUCCAUGGUCAUCCUGUGAGUGCUUGUUUGAUGAUGACAAAAGGGCAGUUGAAUUUAAAGAGAAGUUUCGGAAAAGUCAAACAUCCCUCAUGGAGUUGACAAGGCUCUCGGCACUCCUGGAAGAAAAAUGCUCAGGAGUGGUUCAGGUGAAAGCCCAUAUCUUGGAAUUGAAGUUUACCAUUUCCACUGGGCAGUACAAGCAACUCGUCUUCUCUGCUGACACUUCACUGGAAUGUGUUUUGGCUUCUCUGCCUAUGAUUACGUAUUCAGGUUGUGCCAAAUGUGGUUUGGAACUACAGGCAGAUGAGAACAUGAUCUAUAAGCAAUGUGUUAGAUGUUUGCCAUACAGCAAAGUAAAAACAUUCUACAGACCUGCUUUGAUGACUGUAGAAGAUGGAGGAUACGAAAUUUAUGUUCAUGUGGUGUCUGAGCUGGUGGAAAAAAUCUUCCUCAAUAUUCCUGCAGACUGGCUGAAGAGAUUAGUAGUGCCCUCUUCAGAUAUAACCUACAGCACAAUAGUAGCAGAUCUGUGUCAUUCACUGCUGGCAGAUACAGAAGCAUCCUAUUUGUUGGAAAUCAGAAGCCACUUCGUGCUAGAUGAGAACAGCUAUCCUUUGCAAAAGGAUUUCCAUCUGCUGAAUUUUCAUCCUGAACUUUGACCUCUGCACUAACUGAGUAACAAGGACUACAAGGACACACAGAUGGGAAGCAGAAGAAAAAUUACUUAGCUGAAGGAAGCAAAUCUCAUAAAAUUAUAAUAAAGGAUUUUGGUUUUAACUUAUGAAAAAAGCAAAACUAUCAAAAGGACUGGUAUGGAAUAUCUGCUAAUGGGAUAUACUGCUGGAGUAAUACUGGUGGAUUUUCAUGAAGUAUAUUUUUAUACAUGGAUUUUUAUUUUAAUAAUUAUGUGAAUAAACGCCAACAAUUUAAGUAUCUGUUUUCCUUUUUCUCCUCAGAAAAAUUCACUACUAUUGUGAGAGACUGAAUUUUCCUGAGACCUGGCAAAUUAGAGGAAGACAGAGAAUUCAGUAAUAUUUUAGUUACACAAUUGUUGUUUGCUUUAUCCCAUGAGCUAUCUGUAGCUUGAUGGUUUUGUUUUGCUGUUGUGGUUGCUCUCCUUCUUUUAACAGCAGGAUUUUUG